AUGACGCCGCCGCCGCCGCCGCCUCAGCCGCCUACAGCCUUCGCGGGAGCCCAGACGCCGCCAAGGCCGCCAAGGCCUCCUGGGGCCCGGCCGCCGCCUCCUGCCCCGCGGCGCCUCCGGCCCUCAUUGCCGCCGCCAAGGCCGCCCAGGCCGCCCGGGGCUCCGGCUCCGCCGCCUCAGCCCAGGCCGCCGGCCCCGCCGCCGACGCCGCCAUCACUCGGGGCCGCGGCUCCCGCCCCGCCGCGCCCGGCCCUCCAAUCCGCGUCUUCCGCGGGGCUGGCGGCCAACCGGCGCCCGCGCCUCCGUCCGGCGGGGACCAAUCGGCGGCCGGCUUCUCCCAUAACAACAGCAGACAAAGAGGCCAGGGGCCCGCCCUCCGCGGCGAAGGAAGGGGCCUCCAGCCAACGAGCGGAGACCGCCUUCGUAACUGGCAGCGGCGCUGGCCAAAGGCAGCGCGAGAGGUCGGCCGAAGCUCUGAUGGACAGCAGGGCCCGACCAAGGGGCGGCGCAGCUUUGCGGAAACAACCCCUCGUCAUGCCCACCUCCGGGGCGUUCUCGGCCAAUGGGAUGCGGAGGGGGAGGCGCGUGUUGAGGGAGCCGGCCAAUGGGAAGCGGCGACUCUCGCCUCCCGGGGGAGCGCGUGAAGCUGCGAAAGGAGCGUUUCGGCGCCUGCGCAGAGAGGGGAGGGGGGGGGAGCUGUUCUCUCGUCUGGGGGAGAAGUCUCGCGAGAGGGUACGCUGGGCCUGGAGCCGGAAGUGGAGCCUCCCUCGAGUAGAAGGAAUGGUCGCGGGGAGGUUCGCUUGA